AUGGGCGCGAGUGACUCAAAGCUCGUUUUCAAACGGGGCAUCUUUCGCUUGUCAGAAGAACGACAUAUUCCAGCGGAUGAUGCCUACUGGACUUCUUUUUGGGAGCUCCCCGAGUCCUCCGAAGACGUCUUUAGCCUUUUUACGCCUGCCGAUAUACGAAGAACUCGCGAUCGCGCACUCGAGAACCUAGAGACCCUUAUCCUCGCUGUCACCUCUCGUUUAUUCAUACUACGUCAUCACCCAUCAUUCCCUGACCCUGAACUCGCGCCAGAGCGUGAGGCAUUGAAUUGCGUUCGGGUUUUGACACGGAUCUUACCUUACCUGUACGAGAAAGAAUCUCUUGCCGAUUGGGAGCAACAAUUCUUCUGGGCCCAACGAAGGAAACGGACUAGACAGGCUGCUAUUGCAAACGAAAUCCUUUUUGACGAAGCUCAGGAAGCUGAACGAAAGGCCAACACCGCCCAAUUCGAAGAAGUGAAGCCACUUGCGGAAGAGCUUGUAGACACCUUGGUGGACCUGCUAUUCUUCUCUGACUUGACGUUACCUCGGCAACAGAAUGGACGGCCCAAGGUCAGCUAUGCGAUAUGGCAGAGUGGUGUUGGCUGCAACACAGCUGUCGCAACAACAAAAGAGUACGAGAGCAAUCGAUCAGAGAUAUUGCGACUGCUCAUGACCCUUGCUGGUCAGAGUAUGUAUAUGACAGCUGGCGUGCUUCCGCAGAAUGGCGUGCGAAUGUUGACCCAUCUGUGUGCUUGUCCGGACAAGCAAGUCGUGCUCUCAAUGCUCUGCUCUUUGCUUAACACGACGUUGAAGUAUAAUCCUGCAACAUGGCGCGUACCAUACAACACCCUUGUCUUCAAGGAUAGCAAGCAGAUACUUGUGACAUACUCUCUGCACUUCCUCUUGGUACUUUUACUCUACCCAAUUCCCGAGAGCCCAUCAAAUCCAUCGCCGAAGAACUCAUAUCGCCACUUCUUGGGUCGACUACACCGAGCUCAAGACUUCCAAUUCAUUGUUGAUGGUAUGACCCGGAUUCUAAACCAGCCUCUUCAAGAGAAGUCGUCGUAUCUUCCCGGAUCACAGUCCUCUGGCCACUUUGCUCCUGAGAUCCUAAUGCUGUUCUGGGAGAUUCUGCAAUGUAAUAAAAGAUUCCGGUCGUUUAUCGUGGACACUGAAAGAGCGCAUGACUUUGUUGUCCUCGCCCUAUUCUAUGCUUUGGAGUAUAAGAAUGAUGCUACUAAGCAGGGAGUUGUGCGCAUGUGCGCUUUCUUACUCCAAACCUUGAGUGUGGAAACCAACUUCGGCGUCAACUUAAACAAGUUCUUCGAGGGACAAGAAAGCUUACCAGUAGCUAUCCGUGUGCCGGGCUUCAGGGGAACUUACGCCGAUUUCCUCAUUCUUUCUAUCUAUAACCUGAUCACAACAAGUCAAGGGAAGCUCUCGGCGAUAUAUCCAGCUCUAUUGGCGGUGAUCAAUAACAUCGCACCUUAUCUCGAGGGCUUGAGUAGCACGAGCAGCUCAAAGCUGAUGCAGUUGUUCUCCUCCAUGUCAUCGCCCUCGUUUCUACUUGCGAAUGAAACUAACCACACCCUUCUCCAUUCGCUUUUAGAGUCUAUCAGCUCGAUCCUUGAGAACAAAUACCGCAAGAACCCCGAACUCGUAUUCUCUAUCCUGAGAAAUAAGAAGAGGGUUGAAGCAUUGCGCUCAUUUACACUGGAAAGCGGCCAGGAAGAGAUCGAGAGAAGAAACAGGAGAAGAAAGGAUUCUGCGCAAUAUGUUGAUCCACUUGACUCUACGUCCGUUCGCAGCUCAGUCGACAGCUUGAGGAGUCCAAGCAGUGCUCACCCGCGGCACUCCUCCCUGGAAGAAGUCCCAGAAGACGGUGCCUUCGCGAUUGGAGAUGAUGAUGACGACGACGACGACGACGACGACGAUGAUGAUGAUGAUGACGAUGAGGAUAGUGACGAUGAGGAACAUCAAGCAACCCCUGCGCGCUCAACAUCAAGUGACGCCCUAUCUCGAAGAUCCUCUACACCGAAUGUCGAGGAUGCUGUCCCAACCCAACUGCGAGGAAUGUCCGAGAAGGCUCGCGGUAAGAUGCCAGCGGGUGUUCCAAGUUUCUCACGACAAAACAGUACAACAAGUUUGGGCGGGCACUCAAUAUCCGGGCAAUCGUCAGCCGGCGCAUUUGAACCAUCGGCUCACUGGAUAGACAGUUGGCUACACGAAUUGCCACUACACACAAUUCUAAGCAUCAUUCAACAGGUGUCGGCUCUCUUGCCACGCCAAGAGCUUACAGCCGACACGCCAUCACGAGAAACACUCCGACGAAUUUCAGGUGUCGAAAUUCUUGGAAUCGAGCCCUCACCCCCUCGCGUGCACUCAUUCGAGUGGUCUCAGCUUGCCUUGGGCUGGUAUGAGUCUCUGUUAUGGGGGGUCAUUUUUACAAACGAGAUGCAAGUCUCAAGGGGAACAAUGGGUAUCUGGAACGGUACUUCUAUCAAGUUGUUCCGAGUACAAGAAACGGCCCCAGAAGGUCCGACUCUGACCUCACCUCGAGGUGCUGUUGAUGCAGUUGGCAGCAAUAUUGUUUCGCGUAUAGGUCAAAUGAAUCUUCGAGGCGGGCCACCAGGGCCACCAGGAAGCAACCAGCCUCCGCAACGGAACGGUUGA